AUACUUAAUAGACCGGAUUAAUUAGUGCGGGAUUUCACGUCACUAACUCGAUAGUACUAAUUUUAUAAAGUUUUGUGGGGGAAGAGUGGAGGGUCCCGGUUGCAAAGGUAUGAGGCCCUAAGUUUGACUCCAUAUCAAUUUUUAUCAUUGUUUGAAAAGUCAAGCUAGGUUGGUUCCUACAUCUUUUUUUUUUUUUUUUUUUUUUUUUUUUUUUUUUUUUUUUUUUGGAAAAAGUUAUCCAGGAAAUUGCACAGAAAUUAAUUCCAUCAACAAACAUUUUUCCAAAAAUUCACAACAAAGUAAACCUUCUUAAAACACUUAAACCCUCUUAAUUUCUUACUUAUAUAAAUAUACUUGUAUACUCUAUUUUUCACCAAAUUUUUUUGCUACAAUUUUAGACUGCAGCCUUCAAAUUCCCACGUUUUUAAGUCAAUUUGAUGGGCUGUAUUCCUCCUCCAUUAAUUAUUAUUGUCAUUUAAUUAUUAUUCAGACAAAUUCUAAGCACAAUUUAUAACAAUAUUUAAUUUUGUUAUUGUCUUUUUCUGCUUUUCUAAUUUGGGUAUUUUCGUCAGUUUGUGUUGGGUUGAUUAUUCAACUUCAAUCAGCUCAUAAAUUUUUGUUUCUGGGUUUUUCUGGGUUUUUUUAAAUUAGUUGUUGAGAGUUUCUUAAUUUUCAUUUUUAAUUUCAGGAUCCAAGUUGGGUUGUACUAAACCAGUUUCUCUCUCAUAUAAAUGCUAAACAUGUCUUCUUGUUUGUUAAUAAUCUGCUAAUUUGGUUUUUUGACCAAAUUUUUUUUGAUAUCAGAUUAUUUUCCACAGUUUCCAGCAAGCAGAAUCAGAGGUACUUUGUAAAUUUUUGCUUAAUUUUUUGCAAUUUUUUUUCUUCCUAUUUUUAGAAAAGUCAAAUACCCAUAAAUUUUUGUGUUUGCAAAAAUUUUGUUGUUGUGUAAUUUGUCAAGAACCCUAGAAUUAGUUGAUUGAUUGAUAAUAGUAUGAUGGGUAUGAGGGAUGUAAAUGUUAAUAUGAUUCCCACAAACCCUAUGAGACAAGAGAGUUUGAUAGCAGCUCAUAAUCUUUUAAGGGAAUUAGAGGCUAAUGAUAGUCUAACUGAUGAUAUGAAAAAGAUUUUAGCUGAUCUUGACUCGAAAUUGUCUGCUAUGGAGUUGAAAUAUGAUGGCAGUAAUAGUAGUGAAUCGGUUCCGAUUUUGAGGGAAAGAGAGUUGAAUGAUGCAAAGGAGAAGUUGAAAUCUGCCCAUGAUAAGAUCAUGGGUUGGGAUUCGAACCUCGAUAUGAUUUGGGAAUCCGGCCCUGAUAAGGCCGCGGAGUACAUAGAGGCUGUUGAGGAUGUCUUGUGUUUGGUGGAGUUGUUUAGGAGUUUGUGGAUGAAGGGAGAUGAUGAUCAUGAAAUCUCUCAAGCUGAGGAUGUUUUGCAAGUUGCUAUGCAAAGAUUGGAAGAGGAGUUGGUGCAUGUUCUUGGUCACCAAAGGCAAUCCUAUGUUCCGCGUGAGGUAGAGGGUGAUGAGCCGGAAGGUUCUGGUGAACAAGAAGAUGUUAAUUUUGAUUUGAUCGACCCUGAAGCAAUUCCAUUUCUAAAGUCGAUCAAAAAAGUUAUGUUUGAUGCAAAGUAUGAUCAGGAUUUUUGUGCAGCAUAUGUAAAGACUCAAAAGGAAGCUUUGGAAGACUGCUUGAUUGGCCUUGGAAUGGAGACAGUUAGCAUAGACGAGUUGGUCAGGAUGGAUUGGAACAUUAUGGCUUCCAAGAUCAAGACCUGGGUUCUAGUGAUUAGAACCGCGGUGCAAGUCUACUUUUCAGCUGAGAAGCGGCUGUGUGAUGAGAUCCUUGGGAAGUCUGAGCCUUUUGUAUCACUUUGCUUGACCAACAUCACAAAGUCUGCCAUGACUUGCCUUUUCAAUUUUGGACAUGCCAUGGCCCUCGGACCCCAUACACCAGAGAAACUCUUCUAUAUUCUUGACAUGUACGAGGUCUUAGUAGAAAUUCAGGGGAAGAUCAAUGAAUUCUUCUCUGAAGAGGGUGGCUCAUAUGUGAAGACUGAGUUUGAAGAAGUUAAGAGCAGACUUGGAGAUUCUGCUCGGGCAACAUUCUUGGGAUUUGGUGAAGUAAUUCUUUCUGAUCCUACACUAGACCCUUUCCCUGGAGGAGGAGUUCAUCCACUUUCUAGCUAUGUUAUGAAUUACAUCAUCGUCUACCUUCCCGACUACUGCAAAACUCUCAACACCCUCCUUCAUGAAAAGGAUGAAGAUGCAAAUAAUGUCACCACGAAUCAAGUCUUACCUGAGAAAAGCUUGCUAGCUUCUAAUCUUCGAUCAAUUGUCGCCAAAUUGAAGUUCAACCUUGAGAAGAAGUCCCACCUGUACAGGGAUGCUGCCUUGCAGCAUAUAUUUCUGAUGAACAAUACGCACUACAUUCAGCAGAAAGUCAUAAAUUCCGAGCAACAGAAGUUAUUUGGGGAUGAUUGGAUCAGAACUCAGAUAGUGAGCUAUCAACAGCAUGCUACUAGCUAUGUGAGGAGUACUUGGAGUUCAGUUGUGGCCUCGCUUAGGGAUGAUGGAAUUCCAUCAGGGUCAGGUUCAGGAGUUAAGUUGGUCCUCAAGGAAAAGAUCCGGGUUUUCAGUGUUGCAUUCGAGGACGUGUAUAGGAGCCAGACAGGAUGGUGUAUUCGAGAUGAGCAGCUUAGGGAAGAAUUGAGGAUUUCCAUCUCUCAGAAAGUGAUUUUGGCAUAUCAGAGCUUCAUCGGAAGGCAUAAAAAGUACGAUAUUGAGAAGUAUGUCAAGUAUGAUUCUGAUGACUUGGAGAAUUUGCUCAGAGAUUUCUUUGAAGGGUCUCAAAAAUCUUUGAACUCCCGCAGAAGAUGAGUUCGAUAAAGAAAAAGGAGAUAAUUUGAGAAGUAAAGGAGUUGUAGACAUUAUUUGUUUCAUUGAUUGUAGCUGUGCUCUCAGCCUCUCAGUUUUCUUUUCGUAAGGAGUGAGAUGGCUGCUAUUGUAUGUCCUUUUUUGAUCCUGUAUUGGCCUAAAUAAUAUACUUGUAAUUUUAAUGCAUAGAUUUUGAAUGGAAAGCUGUGUCCUGCCACAAUUUUCUGAA